AAACUCUGGUGGAUCAACGAGCUAGGGUUUUAGUUUUUUCUUCAUCUAGCUGGUUUCCCUUACCAUAAGUCAGCAGACCAAAACAGCAAGCAGAUGGAAGCUGGAGAUGGAGGCGUUGACUCCAAGGAUUUACAACAACAAAGCAAGGCCUUCGAUAAACUCACCGACCGUGUCGAAGACCGCCAGCUCGAUUCUUCUCGUGCCCAAUGGGCCAUGGCAUCGAUUGCAGCCUCUGCUGAAGCUGAAAAGAAUGCUAUGAGAUUGAGAGAGAAAGAAUUAGCUGCUGUUAAGAUCAAUGCGGCUGAAGUGGAUAUCAUUGCAAACGAAUUGGAGUUGGACAAAAAGGUGGCAGAGAGAACACUCCGGGAGCACAAGGGUGAUGCUGUUGCUGCCAUUCGAUCCUUGCUUCACUAGACAGAGCAGGCGGCAUAAAUUGCUAUUUCUUUUUUCAGGAAAUCACGUGUAAGACGUAGUUCAUUGAAAUCUAAAUACAUUGCAGU